AUGACGUCAUCAAGCAGACCGGAAGUACACAUGCGAGAGUUUACCGGUGUAAUAUGGCGGAUCGCAAACUCUCUGAUGGUGUUGUGGUUUUGGGGCAAAAUUUGCUCUUCGAAAGGUAUUGAUUUCUUUGGUUAUUUAGUAUAAAAUACUUAUAACCUUGAUCUAAUAUGUAGUCUAUUUUUUGUUUCUCCUUGUGCUUUAUAAACGUACAAUAUUUGCAUUUAUAUGUCGUGGAUUUUUAACAAAGGUUUUCUAAUAUCUUGACACAGACGGUAAAAGAAUUAUUUGUGAUUUGUUUUAGUUUUGUUUUGAAACUAGGUUUAUUUAGUAAACUUGUACUUUGGAUAAAUCAGAAAGCUUUUGUCUAGUUUCCAUAGAAAGGCGAAUGUCCUAUUAUUCUGUAAAAAUUGUUUUUUGAGGGGUUUUUUAAAUGCAAAUUUUGCUGAGUUUAUGAAAUUUUAUUGAAAUAUGAUAUACGUUUCUUGCUAAUCCUGUACUUUGUUUUGUUCCCUAUACAUUUCGAAAGAGUUGUAUUUUACAUAAACUAGGAAGGGUUUUGAGCAAUAUCUGCAAGAGGAUAGAGUAUGGGGAGAAUGUAAUCAUUAACAUCAAAUAAACUUUAUAGUUUGCAUAUAUUUGCAUAAUAACAAGCAAAUAUAGUAUUUGAUAUCCAUAUAUGAUAUUUGUCAAAUAUAUUCCACUUUUGUGAUUCAGCAUUUCCCUAUUUGUAUAUUGAAGAAAAGGCAAAUAUGCCAUUGCCAGUAGCAUAAAUUUAAAGGGCUGAUUUAAAGGGUCUGGCUGGGUCAGGGAAACAGGCUUUCAACCAGGAUAUUUUGUGACAGCAUCUCUAAAGUUAUACUUUUAUCCAUGAAACAGAACGCUUACAUUGAGUUUUGAGACUAGGUUAGCAACACUCUUUCCCAGCUUGAGUCCUAUAUAACAUCUAUGUUGUUUAAUCCAUAGGUCAUAUAGCAAGCAAUAGACUCUAAUGAUGAUUUGUUCUUCACAGCUAGGAGAACUUCGGCAUUCACAAAUUAGCUAAACUGUCGUCCCAUCACCCAUGCAUAUUAUUAACUUGGGUUUGCGUCUUUCUUCCUUUUUUCACUCUGUCUAACACCAGACAAUUUUACUGGUUAAAUAUUGAAUACGUAUGAGUUAAAUGUCAACCGAGCAUACUAGAAUUUGCUGUUGUUAUUCCAUAUACAGUUAUGGACUUUGUCCUUGACUUGAUUCUGUUCUAUGCCUUCAGGAAUGAAUAUCGACAAUGGAGAACAAGAUGAGGAAACGUCCACUCGAAUUUCAUAG